CUACCUUCCUUUGAACCUUUGAAGUACCUACCACUCUACGCUGUAUUUUUUUCAGAUGGGACAGUCUGUGCUGUGGUACAACUUAUUGGUACGUCCUCACGAUAUGUUAUUAAUCCUCGAUCAGUCGGGACAGCCGUACUACUUCACUAGUCGUACCAGCACUUCAUUUCGAUACGCAAGUGAUAUGAUAAGUAGCAACGAUUGAUUUUUCGUAGAAAAAAUUGUUCUUUCGGGAAUCACAAAGAAAAAUAUGAGAUAAGAGAUCGCGGAAUUGUUUACUAAAAACCAAAAAUUAACAAGAAAUUCAGAGUGUGUUACAGAUUAAGUCAAUUUUAUGUAAAAUGUAUAGUAAAACAUUAAUAUUUUUAUGUACUUUUUGUUGUAAUGUUUUGUUAAGUUUGAGUUUACCUCAAGAAACGAUACGGGUGAAUAGUGAUGUGGAGAAUUUUCAAAAUGCUGUUCAAAAACAGACAUUUAAUUCUGUACUCUUCUCCAUCGAAGAAAGACUAAGAAAUCUAGACAACAUCUACUCCAUGCAACUCUCAGAAACUCUGAAAACUAAACUGGAACAAUACCAUAGAAAACUGGAAAUUUUGGAUAAGAAAAUGAUCCAGUUAGAAUCCAUGAUUAUGCUGAAUCUGGACAAGAUUUCGGAAAAUAUCAGUACAAAAAACUACAGAGAUGACAUUGUGAAAACACAGAUUUACAGGAAAUUGGAUAAUAUGUACGAUGGAUUGAGCCACAGGAUGUCUUAUAUGGAUAAAAAGCACGAUAUGGCUUUGGAUAAGUUACAGAUUAAAACUGAUACAGUGAUGUCUCGUUUAGAAAAAAUGGAGGACAGCAUGAACCAAAAAUAUUCCGAUAUAGAAAACGAAUUUUCUGAUACCCAGAUAAUCAUUGAAGAGCUGAAAACAUCUCUAAUCAGUACAGAAGAAAACUAUCAAAAUUUAACAAGCGGUAUUUUACAUAAUACCAUACAAAAUGGUCUUGUAAUAAACUCAAUAAAUGAGACGGUAAAUGUUCUAUCUCAGGAAGUUCACUAUGUCAUUUCACCAAAAGUGGAAAAAAUUGAAAAUAAAACAGAGAAAAACCUGGAGAUUUCCUUGAACUCACAGACACUGCUUUAUGCCAUGAAAUCUGAACUUAAAGAAGACUACAACAAUUAUGCUAACAAAGUGGCCGAUAUGAACAUAGAAGCCUGGAAGAAGAACGACAUAAUAGAUAUCAAAAUAGAAACAAUAGAAAAAGGUAUAAAUCAAAUUAAAACAGAAGUCCAAAAUGGCGUUAGAUCACUUAUGCUUCAAAUCGGGAAAACUGGUGGAAAGGAAUCACUAAACAACGAAAAAUCUCUGGAAUCUUUGAGGAAAAGCUUAAAUUUAAGCAUGGAGAAGAUUUUGUCUAAUCAGGGACUAUUUUUGGAAAGUUGCCACAGAGUACAGAUGGACGAAUCGCAAAUUGAAUCAGAAAUAAGUGUGAUGCUUGAAAAAUUGAUUGAUAUGCUUGAAAAAAAAAUGACGACAGUAAUGAAAGACAUAAAAACCCUAGAAAAAUCCGUCAAAAAUCACGAUUCCAGAAUUAACAGGAACAUUUUACAGGCCAACACAAACGUGGUUUCUUUAUACGAAAAAAACACCAAAAAUAACGAAUUGGUAGAACACGAAUUAGAACGAGAUUAAAUUCUUUAUAAACUCAUUGUUUACUUUCGUUCAAGAUGUCCUGCCUAAGAGCAAAGAUGCUGAAAAUAAUAUUACAAAUAUUUCAGAACUGUUGUUUAACAUUACCCAAAAUUUGUACAAUCUGAAUUCAAAUGCCAUCAGUAAUUGGAACGAAUUAAAAACUAACUUUACAAUAUUUAAAAAAUCCUUAGAAAACAUGAAAAACAUUCUUAUAGACAGCAAAAACCAGAGUAUAUCUGUAUUAAAUCAAAACGAUGAUGUAAAGAAUAAUUGUACAGAAAAUUAUGGAAAUUUAAUUGAUAUAAGAGCUGGAAGUCCACUAUGUCAGAACAAUACAAAUGAAAAGACUUCAACAGAAAUACCAGAUGAUCUUAAGAAUGUAGUAUUAGAAAUAUUUGGUAGUCCAAAAUCAUUAAAUUCAACAAAUUCGAAUAUUAAGCCUGAUAAACCCAAGACAAAAAAAUCAAAAAAUAGGUGCAAACCAAAUCUGAUUGGUUUGAUAGAUAUCAGGGCUGAUUCCAGCAGUGAUAGUGAUAUUUUAUGCAAUAAUACUCGAAAAAAUAAAAGAACAAAGAAGAAAAAAGCUAAGUUAUCUGUAAAAUCAAGAUUUAAUGAUGAAGAUUCUGAUGAUGACUAUGUUUUAGAAGAUGAUGAGCUUGAAACAAGUACAGAAAUAACUACAGAAAGUACAACUAAUGCAGAUUUCAAAACAGAAACCACAACAUUAACUAAUUAAAGGAACUUUAAUUACUAACGUCACAAUUUACCAAAGACUAUUUGAUAAUGUAAUUUUUUUUAUAAAUAAACUGUCUUCAACUA